GAUUUACAGACUUCUGAAGCCGAUGAGAUUGUUGAAGAAGUGAAUGAAAAAAUCGGGGAGAGCGAGAAAUUCGUCGCAGAAAAUGCUGCAAAGGAAACGAAAUCGCAAAAGCGGAAACACGCAACGCAAAUGAUCCCUCCUCGAGCAAGUGGACUGCUGUUUGCCGCUAACCGGGCUACUCGAACGAAACGAACAGUGGUAAAAAUUGCAUUUCAUGAAAAGGAAAAGCGGCAGGAGUAG